CACUCCGAGAGACAGUCGCUUGAGAGAGCUUGACGCGUGCAGACUACUGCGUAAACCGAACUCGGAAGAGUCUCUAAAAAUUAAUGAUAUAAAUUUGUCAUUGCCAUUGAAAUAAAUUGAAAAUUGCAGCAAACAAUUAUAGAAAACUAUUUUAUAAAGUGACAAAAAAAAUAUUUCUAUGUGACAGUGCAAGCAAUUUGAUAAAAUUCCAAAUAUAAAAACAACAACAAACAUCUUAACAUUGACGUUGGCGUCGCGAAACAGCUGUUAUUGAUCUCUCUCUAUCGCUCUCAAUUCAGCACGUCUAUGCCGAUUCAGCAUAACGCUCUUGCUCCCAGCGUGCUGAAUGCUCAAAAUAAAAAAUAAUUAACAACAUUUAAGCGUUCGUUUCAUUUCGCUUGCGCUGCUCAACGUGAACGGACGUGUUCGAGCAAAUCUCUCCGCCUGUCGAUAGCGUAUGAAAAAUAAAACUGUAAACCACACGCGUGUUUUUGCAUAUAAAUAAAGACUGAACCAACAACAAAAAACAACAAGCAAAACACAAACUCAAUUUGCAGCUAAAAUAGUUUACGAAAAUAAACAAGACUGAUUAACCAAUACAAUAAAAGCAAAACAAUUGAAUUACGGGUGCGACACAGCAACAAGAAAACAAACAUCAACAAAACCGAAAGCAAAUUCCAAAUAAAAAAACGCAGCAGCAGCAACAUAUGGAUUAAGGUUCCUCUUAUACACACACAAACACACAUUUAAACACACACACUCGGAUAAACAGCAGCUUUAAUUACAGUUAAACGCUGUCUAUUUCUCUCACUUCUUGGAUUACCAGUGCCAACAAAAAAAAAAAAGUUUGUCAAAGUCUAAGUGCAGUGAAAAAGCUCUGAAAAAAGAAAAAAUGAAAUGCUGAAAAAUUAAGCAAAGAGUGAACAACAAAAUUAAAGCUUUAAGUCUUGUGUGUGCUGAAAAAACAAGUAGAAAAUGACGAUGGCUGCGUGUUAUGCUAAUUACGACAUGUCCUCCAUGUCGUCUCUUUCGCUCUCGCACAGCAUGUCGGCAGCGCUGCAACAACAGCAGCAGCAACAGCUGCAGCAACAACAGCAACAGCAGCAACAGCAACAACAGCAGCAGCAUCAUCAUCAUCAACAGCAGCAACAGCAACAACAACAACAUAUGUAUCAUGCUGCAGUUGCUGCGCAUCAACAACAGUUGUUGCAACAGCAACGCCAACAGCAGCAGCCACCCGCCAACAACCACAAUAACAACACACGCCAUGCAGUUGGGACGCAGGUCGCUGCUGCUAGCAGCCAGCGCGGUAGCAACGCCACAGCAACAGCUGUUGGCAACGGCGCCAGCAGCAGCGGCAACAGUAACAACAACAGCAGCAGUGGCAACAGCAGUGCAGUCAGCAGCAACAAGGACUACAGCAUUCCGCUGCACGUUGACUGCAGCGUCGAGUACGAGCUGCCCAAUCAGCCAAAGCCGCCCGCCGGGCAGCGUGUCGAGCCGCUGCUGAUGAUCCAUCCCUGCUAUUUUCGCAAAAUGGAGUCGCAGCGGCGCAGCCCGUUCGUAAAUAACAUGCAGGCGACUGCGACGGCGAGCGCACGCAGUGCUGCCAGCAGCGCAGUAAGCAGCGCAGCGGCAUUGGGCAGUGGUGCGGCAACAGUGGCGUCAGCGCCAAGCAGCAGCAGCGCAGCGCGACGCAAGACCCAAAUGCAGCAGCAGCAGCAGCAACAACAGCAACAGCAGCAGCAACAACAACAGCGACAGCAGCAACAGCAGCAAAUGUCACAAAUGUCGCAGCAGGCGCUGUAUCCAGUGCAGCAGCAGCAGCAACAGCAACAACAGCUGCGACAGCAGCAACAACAACAGCAACAUCGCAACCAAAGUCGUCAAAGCCAAAGCCAAAGCCACGCAGCAGCCAACUCAGUCGCAACAGCAGCAGCAGCAGCGGCGUCGGCGUCGAGUCAAUGGGAACAGUUGGCCGCUGCCCUAACGCCACAUCAGCAGCAACAACAGCACCCACACACACACCCACACGCACACACACACUCCCACCCACAUACGCACUCGCACCCACACACACACACACAUCAACAGCUGCAACAUGCGGCAUCGCUGUAUUCAGCAAAAAGCAACAGCGUAGCCGCAGCCACCAAUUCAGCCGCCGCCUCUGCCAACGCCGCCGGCAAGCGGGAUGCUUUGCUAUCAGGCAGCAGCAGCAAUAGUAGUAACUACGCCAGCAGCGCUGCCAAGCAUCAGCAGCAGCACUGCCUACCACCUCCUGUUGCUCCUUGGGACGCGGCGGCAGCGGCGGCGACCGCGCUGCUAAUUGACCGUUCGCCGAUGGCAACUGUUCCUAGUAAUUAUCAGGCCGGUCCUGAGGCCACGCCCAUGCACCGGCUGCCGCCCACAGCGUCGACUGACAAACUGAGCGGCAAAUACCGCCAAUAUCUGCGCACGCAGCAUCGCAUGCAUCCCUACGCAGCAGCAGCGGCGGCGGCCGCCUCCCUCGCAGCAGCAGCUGCCGGCGCUAACUUGGGCCCAGCUUCGUUUGUGCCCUUCGGUACGGCUGCGACGUCGGCGACGGCAGCGGCAGCGCCAACAUUCCAACAACUGCAGCAAAUCUCCUGCUACAACGUGUGAUCCUCCUCCAACAACAAUAACAGCAACGGCAGCAGCAACAACAACUGAGACAGACGCUUACAAAGUAAACGUCAAUGAAGUAGAAAACAGAAAAUGAAAGAAAAAACCACUGCAAACGCUUUUUAAAUAUCCUGUUAUACUAUUCUCUUUUUCUUUCACUGUACCCUGUUUUACUGUAGGGCUUACAAUGUGCCUGGUGUUAAACAUGUAAACGAAACGAACGGUAUGGCAAUAAAGAAAACCUACAUAGGGCGAGAGAGCGCAAAAGAACGGUGCCCUAAGCAAUUGCAUGUGCAUAUGUGUUGGUAUUUCAGCACGCUUAGACGACCGUAAAAAAGAUCCGCUGAGUGAAUGUGCGUGAGCACCCCUGAAGAGGAAGCGGCGGCUUUUUGAUUUGCAUAGCUUUCUAUUUGAGAGAAUAUAAUAGUAAAACAGAAUUACAAUUGUGAUAAACUGAAAAGAAGAAAGAUAAGAAAUUUUGUAAUAUCCACUCAGUUUUUGAGUUCAUCUCAUGUAAUUUUUUUAUUGUCAUAUAAAUAGUUAAUGUUAAAUUGAAAAGUGUUUCGUAUUAACGCCCAGGCGAUUGGAAAGCCAGUAAAUAUUUAAUUAUUGAUUUAUAACUAAAUUAGCUGCGAACGAUUGUUGCCAAAAAGCCCAAAA